AGUAUUAAAGUGAUGCUGUUACCUUGAUGCAGCCUGCGAUGACAAGAGGAGCUGGGAGUCGAGGAGGCGACAGAGUGAACAAAAAGGCGUAACCACGCUGCAGGAGCCUGGACUUAGCAGAAGACUGCAACACAGUAUCCCCUCUUGUUGCUGAAAUUCACUGUUGUUUGCUGUGAAAGGAGGACCCUCAGAGUGGGAAUCAUGUUGUCGGCGGAGGAGAUUCUGUGCAGCACACAGCAGGUGAUCGCAGGAUUGGAAGCACUGAGAGGAGAGAACCGGAGCCUGUUGGAAAGCCUCCAGGAGGCAAUGGAGAGCCGACCCGUGGUGGAGAGCGGUAGCGUUGAGAAGGAGAAGAGCGGCAUCAUCCGCCAAUCACUGGAGAGGAUAGAGCUGGGGCUGAGUGAGGCGCAGGUGAUGAUGGCUCUGUCAGCUCAUCUUGGUUCACUGGAGGCAGAGAAGCAAAAGCUCCGAGCACAGGUGCGGCGUCUCUGCCAGGAGAACCAGUGGCUGAGGGACGAGCUGGCCGGUGCUCAGCAGCGGCUGCAGGACAAAGAGCAGGAGGUGGUCACCCUGGAGGAGCAGAACCGACAUCUGCAGUUUAUGUCCUCCAUACGGAAAUAUGACCAGGAUGAGCCGCCACUGGAUGACAAAGACACUUCAACUAACAAGGAGUCUCUGGAUGACUUGUUUCCAGCUGAGGAUGAGGAGCAGUCACAGAUGUCUCAGCCCCACCACAGCAGCGCAGCAGCUGCAGCCCAGCAGGGUGGCUACGAGAUUCCUGCACGCCUUCGAACGCUCCACAACUUAGUCAUCCAGUAUGCAUCCCAGGGACGGUAUGAGGUCGCUGUACCUCUCUGCAAACAGGCUUUGGAAGACCUGGAGAAGUCCUCAGGCCACACCCACCCAGAUGUAGCCACCAUGCUGAAUAUACUAGCACUGGUGUACAGAGAUCAGAACAAAUACAAAGAGGCAGCCAACCUGCUGAAUGAUGCGCUGGCUAUCAGGGAGAAAACUCUAGGAAUGGAUCAUCCUGCUGUGGCGGCAACGCUCAACAAUCUGGCGGUCCUUUAUGGAAAAAGGGGAAAGUACAAGGAAGCAGAACCUCUUUGUAAAAGAGCUCUGGAAAUCAGAGAGAAAGUUCUGGGAACAGACCAUCCAGAUGUGGCCAAGCAGCUGAACAACCUGGCUCUGCUGUGUCAGAACCAGGGAAAGUACCAGGAAGUGGAGCAGUACUACGAACGCGCUCUUCACAUCUACCAGAGCAAGCUCGGACCAGAUGAUGCCAACGUGGCCAAAACCAAGAACAACCUGGCAUCGUGUUAUCUAAAACAGGGGAAAUACAGACAGGCUGAAGCUCUUUACAAAGAAAUCCUGACCAGAGCUCAUGAAAAAGAGUUUGGAUCUGUGGAAGGUGAUGGUCGUCCCAGCUGGUCCAACACAGAGGACAGUAGCUCAACGCAGGACGGACUAAAACGCAGCGGAUCCUUCACCAAACUCAGAGAGUCGAUACGCCGAAGCAGCGAGAAGCUGGUCCGCAAGCUGAAGGGAGUUGGGAUGGAGGAAAUGACCCCAAGGAAUGCUGGGAUGAAAAGGGCAAACUCUCUGAAUGUGUUGAAUGUUGGAACCAGGGAGAAUCAGGAUAGCACCCAGUCGAGCCAUCUGACAGAUAGUCGAGGCCUGAGCACCAGCACGCAGAGUCUAACGAGACGAAGCUCGCUUGGUGGGACCAGCUAACAGAAACACACACCAACACAGCACAUAAAGGAUAACUGGAAAGAAGUUUUCACACACCGACUGAACCUGCUGCUACGAAUCGAGCUGGAUUUACCCGCUCUGUGGUCCGAAAUCUUCCAUACAGCAAAAUUAUGACACGUUUGUCUUCAGUAGCAUUUGAGAAAGAGGAAGGAUAAUUUAUACACCUAAUAUUACACUAUAUUACCUUUCCUAUAUUACCCAUCACUAGACAUUUCUGUUUUUUUCUCCUGGUUUAUAAGUUUAUAGUUUAUAAAACUGUUGCAUUAAAGAAAUAAUUUUAGACUUAAAAUACCAAUUUACAUAGAAAAGGAACUUUAGUUUUUAUAUAAAAUGAAAUUAGAAAUACAACCAGUCAUAUUGGAGGUGGCUUUCCUCAUCUUAAUGCAUCGUAGUGAUGUUUCUAUUUAAAAAAAUGUUUAAAAUUUUAUUAAAUGAACAGGGUCAUUAUUAUUUCAAACUAUUUCUAAAAAACUUUAUUAAAGACAAUCACAGGGAAUCAUUUACAUGAUUAGUAAAACAGGAAUGUUGUUGUAAAUUGUACAUUUUAAACCAGCUCACGAGGGAGAAGUGAUGCGAUCAAGUUUACACUUUCGGUGGUUUUAAUGUGAUGAUGUGCAUUGUCUUUUAAACGUGCAGCUUAUUUUAAUUAUUAUCCAUUCUUAUAGUAAAACACAAAUGUGUUUUUAUCAAUGUCCACUUCUGACAUUCCACUUUAUGAAAAUAAGGAAACAUAAAUGUGAGUUGCAUCAUCGAAAACAGACACCAGCUCUUUAAAAAAGCACACAUCUGACUGUAGAGAUGAAACUCUGUAUACAGUGGAUAUUAUUGCACAUAAAAACAGUAUGUUAUAAUGUAACAUACUGUAUGAAGUAAAAAUAUUCUGCAAUAUUUAUUGAUGUAAAUCAAAACAGUUCUUUAGAGAUUUUUGUAUUUAGUCUUCAUGCAUUUGGAGUUUCUGCUAACCACAUUUGUUGUUGCAGGAUGAAAAUAUCCAGUUUUAUUCAGGCAAAUAAGCUCACAGUAACACGACCUAUGAAGCUAAACUCAGACUAAAUAAUAAUCUAGGAGUAAAUCACAACUUCAGUUGUAACUGGAUUUGCAGAAAAGUUUGUCCUUCGGUGGAAAAAAAAAACAUGCACAUUAAAAUCGCAGAGGAAUAUUUACUGAGAAGUACGUGAGUAGUUAGCGACUCGCAUGCUAAAUGGUGAAAAUGUGCCGUCUGUUGGGCCAUUCCAAGCAGCAGGUAGUUAUUGGUCUAUCAGAAAUACUACUUGAUUCUCCAAACUGAGUAUGUGCUGACUGCUGAAUACUACAACUACCAUAAGUACUUUCCAUAAUCCCAGUUUU